AGAUCCUGAAAUCUGGCAUCAAGUCUGUUUGAAAAUAUGGGGCAGGAGCUGCAAUAAACUUGUUCCAUAUGCCUCUUGGAGGGAAAUGUUUUUGGAAAGGCCUCGCGUUCGAUUUGAUGGUGUAUAUAUCAGCAAGACAAAAUACAUACGUCAAGGAGAACAAUCUCUUGAUGGUUUCUAUAGAGCGUGGCACCAAGUGGAAUAUUACAGGUAUUUGAGAUUCUUUCCAGAUGGUCAAGUUAUGAUGUUAACAACUCCUGAAGAUCCUCAAUCUAUAGUUCCUCGCUUACGGACUAAAAAUACAAGAACGGAUGCAAUCUUGCUUGGCCAUUAUCGCCUUUCCCAGGAAACAGACAAUCAAACCAAAGUAUUUGCUGUAAUAAUGAAGAAAAAGGAAGAGAAACCAAUUGACUACCACAAAUAUAGGUAUUUCCGCCGUGUUCCUGCACAAGAAACCGAUCACAGUUUUCAUGUAGGACUACAGUUGUGCUCCAGCGGGCGCCAGAGAUUCAACAAACUUGUCUGGAUACAUCAUUCUUGUCACAUAACUCACAAAUCAACUGGUGAGACGGCUGUUACUACUUUCGACAUUGACAAAAUGUACACCCCUUUGUUCUUUGCACGAGUGAAGAGUUUCACUGCUUUUUCAGAAAAGCCGCUCUAAGAAACACCUUUUCCUCUCACAACUCUUGCAUGAAUAAAAGGUUGUAGCUAAUGAGCACUUAAGUUAUAAAUGUGUAUAUAUUCGGAACGUUUUAAAAUUCUGGGAAAUUUUUUGAAGGCAGUAUGUUCUAUCUGAUUAUGAAUGGCUGGGGUUUUGUUUUUAGAUCAGGCUUAUGAGUAUUAAACACCUUUACUUUGUGACAAGAAUUUGAUACAAAGUUUUGUUGCUUGUUUUGUUGUUGGUUUUGUUACGUUUUUAAACAAAUUUUAUAAAGCAGUCUGCUUAAAAUGUGAGUCUUCAUCUGCCUGGACACUGGUUUGUCCAAAAGGAGUUGUUACAGGAGUAUCUCACUGUCCCUGGGACAGUGUGUGUGGUCUCUGGUGAAGGCUUGAAAUGUGAAGGGGAGAAAGUUGUCUUAUAUCUGUUAAACUGUGUGACUUAAACGAAUUUGAAAUAAAUGUUUUCUUUAAAUUAAACUUAUCUUGUUUGCC